AUGCAUCUGUCCAUGGGGUCCUCCAAAAUGGCUGAUGGAUUCCAGAGCAAAGUGGUAGCACCUCGUUUUCCAAAGCUAGUUAGAGAGACAGAGGAGUCUGUAACUCUGACUCCUUCGGCCUUCCUGAAGGAGAUGUCUCUCACCACGGAGCAGAGGCUGGCCAGCACUGGGGAGAUGAGGCGGCCCCGGAUUAUCCAGCUUCUAGACAUGAGUGAAACCUCCCAUCAAAAGUUCUCCUCAGUUGACCUGGACCAGAGCUUGUUUCAGCCUUUUCCAUCAGAGGUGGUGUUUCAGAGCUAUGUCCCCCGCGAGGUCUAUGAAGCGCCGCUGAUUCUGAGGAACACCGACAAGGUUCCUCGGCUGGUGAAGGUCGUCCUGGAGAGCUCACCUUAUUUCAAGUUGAUCGGCCCCAGGGAUGUGUACCGUAAGGUAGCACCUGGCAUGCGUUCCACUUUCCGCAUCCUUUUCACCCCUGAGGAGAACAAGGAUUACUUCCACCAGGUCACCUGCAUCACGGAAAGGGAAAAGUUCGUUGUGCCGAUCCGAGCUAUAGGUGCCCGAGCCAUCCUGGACUUCCCUGACCAGCUGAACUUCGGUGUCUGUCCCGUCAAGUACAGCACCCAGAAAACACUGCUGGUUCGCAACAUCGGGAACCGGGAGGCCCGCUACCGCAUGAGCACUCAGAGCCCUUUCUCUGUCGAUCCCUCCGUCGGGACUCUUGGGAUUGGUGAUGCCAUGCAAGUGACAGUGGAGUUUCACCCACUGAAGACGGGGCACCAUUCCAGGUCCUUGGUAGUUCACUACGACACAGGUGAAGAUACCCACACGAGCCUUUAUGGAGCAGCUGGAGAUGUCAACAUCAGGCUAGACAGGAACUCCUUGGCAGUUGAGAAGACUUACCUCUCGCUGUCAAACCACGGAUCCGUGGUCAUCCACAAUCGGAGUGAAAUCAUAGCCCACUUCCAGUGGAAGGCUUUUGCUACACAGGAAGAGGAGGAUCAGCGGAAGCUGAGGCUGUGUCGCAGGCUGCAGAGGCAGGAAGAGGUCAAGACGGAUUGCUUCCUCAAGGAGUGCACGGUGGACCCCACUCUCCGAGAACGCCUUUCCCUUCUCUCCCGCACCUUCCGGAACCAGAGGGCAAAGGUGCAAGGAGACUCCAUGCUUUUCUCCGAUGAGAUCUUCACCAUUGAGCCGAUGGAGGGAGAUGUCUGGCCAAAUUCUUCGGCUGAAAUCAAGGUGAUCUUUAAACCCCGAGAAGCCAGAGUGUAUCAACAAGCGGUCUACUGUGAAAUCUCAGGCCGAGAGGCCAGGCUGCCCCUGCGCAUCAAAGGUGAAGGCAUAGGGCCCCGGCUCCGCUUCAACUUUGACCAGCUGGACAUCGGGAAGGUUUUCAUUGGAUCAGCCCACAGCUAUGAGGCGGUCCUGUUUAACAAAGGAGCCAUCGAUGCUUUCUUCCGGUUGGUCCCUCCAGCUACAGCUCUGGGCUCCUGCUUCACCUUUCUGCCCCGGGAGGGCACCAUUUUGCCGGACGGGCUCCAGGUGAUCCGGAUCUCCUUCAGUUCCACCAUCCUGGGGCAGUUCACAGAAGAAUUCAAGUUCAGUGUGAAUGGAUCCCCUGAGCCUGUGACCUUGACUAUCAGGGGCUGUGUCAUCGGACCGACUUUUCAUUUCAACGUACCUUCCCUCCGCUUUGGUGACGUCUCCUUCGGCUUUCCUCGCACCUUGUCGUGUCGCCUCACUAACACCUCCUUGGUGCCCAUGACCUUCAACCUUCGCAUUCCUGGGGACGGCUCGGGAGAGCCCAGUGUUACCAGUUUUGUUCCUGUGUCGGACAACACUCACUCAUCCUGGAGAAGGGGAGCCCAAGGUCUUGUGAAGCCAACCGAAUUUACCAUCACGCCGUGCAGAGGGACCAUCCGCUCCCAGGGGGUCGUGGAUAUCCAGGUCACCCUGUGUUCCAACACCGUGAAGAGAUACGAGCUGGCACUGGUGGUGGACGUGGACGGUGUUGGCAAGGAGAUGUUGGCAUUGCCUCUCACAGCCAGAUGCAUCGUUCCUCAGCUGCGAGUGCUCAACCCGGUCAUGACAUUUGGACGGUGCUUUCUAAAGUACCCGUAUCGGCAGAUGCUGACCCUUGAGAACGACAGCAAUCUCCCAGGCUGCUAUGCAGUUCUUCCUCAGGAACACAAGAAGGAUGCUCCUGUGUGGUACUCCAGCCCCACGCCAUGCGGGAUUAUCCAGCCUCGCAGCUUGGUGGAGGUCCCGGUUACACUGGAAGCCCAGGUGACGGGAGAGCAGGACACAGUGGCUCGUGUCGCGGUGUUUGGGAGCGAAGGAUCCCCGCUGAAGAUCCAUUUAGUGAGCGUUGGAGAAGGACCAGUUGUCUCCGUGCACCCGAGUAAAAUAAAUUUUGGCCGUAUCCAAGUUUUACAAGAUGCUUCCCAAACUCUCCGCCUCUGCAAUCAGACUGUCAUCCCUGCAUCCUUCUGGGCAGAGAUGGCUGGCAAACGCUCGCGCUGGAGGAUUGAACCCAGUAAAGGAGUGAUCCCCCCCGAGACUGAGGUGUCUGUGACCAUCAUCGCAAACUUGGAUGACACGGAGAAAUUCAGGGACGAGGUGAACCUGUUCAUAGAGAACAGCCGUUCCUAUGUCAUCCCCGUCCGGGCUGUCGGCAUUGGCACCACCAUUGUCACUGACAAACCCUUUGGUCCGGAGCUCAACUUGGGACGCCACUUCAGCCUGGACCCCUGCUGCUACCACUUCAAGAUGACGAAUAAAGGGCGACGCACCCAGUACCUGUGUUGGACAACAGAAGGUUUCAGCCCGUUUCACCGGCAUCAUCGUCUCCCUGCCAUUGGUACCACCAAGGGCAAAGACUCCGCCCAGAACCCCAAACCUGCCUGCCCCGUGUUUAAGCUUCGGCCUCUGAGGAUGGAGCUGAUGCCGGGCAAGACUGUGGAGAUGACCCUGGAAGGCUUCUCCAGCACUCCACAGGUAGUGAAGGAGCGGCUGCUGUGUCACGCCAUGGUGGGGAGCAAGGCAGGGAAGGCACAGAUCAUGCAAGUGGACGUCACCUGUGAGUUUGUUGCUCCCAUUCUGCAAAUAUCCUCCAGAGAAAUCACUUUCCGGGUGGAGAAGCAACCCAGUGAUGUCCUAACUCUUCAGCACAAGCCUCUUUCAUUAAAAAACAUGUCCUCCCUGCCACUCAGCGUUGUCCUGGCCUUGGAGCAACCCUUCGUGAUCUGCGAUGCGGACCGGCAGCCCCUCCCCGCAGAUGUUCAGCCCAUGAAGCUGGAGAUAGGAGAGGAACUUCAUCUCUCCAUCAGCUUUAACCCUGCUUAUGAAGAGGGUUUGAAUACCUGGGUAGCAGAGAAGGCUCUGAAGAUACGCUUUCUCGAGCACCCUCAGGAGGAGCAGGUCACCGUUCGGGGAGAAGUCUACUUCCCCAAUCUCCAUUUCCCGACCAUGGCCGUGGACUUUGGGUGCCUCUUGAAUGACACCGAAGCUGUGCGUUAUGUCAGGAUGACAAACUGCAGCCCACUUCCUGUCCGGUACCACUGGUCCUUCCUGAUGGACAGCCACGUGAACCAGAUGAGGUUCAGCCCUCCAGCACCUAAAUUUUUCAUCAAAGCCCAACCACCUAAGAAGGAGGGAGGCCGGUCGGCGCGCUCAGCAUCUGCAGAGAGCAGCUCCAGGGACGGGGGUGCGGAGGAGCCAGCCGAAGCCCUGGCAGCAGUGGGGGAUCCUGCCCAAGAGCCAGCAGUUGGAGAUGACUCCCUGGAAGCAAAGUUGCUGCCGUCCACUGCUGCGGAGCUGGAAGGUGCUGCAGAGAUGGAGGGUGCUGCGGAGACUCAGAGCCGGGUGAAGAUCAAGGAGUUGAUGCCGUUCACGGAGGCAGAGCCCCUCACCUUGGGAGUGGAGGAGGUUUUUGACAUCCUGCCGCUGUAUGGUGUGCUGCAGCCGGGCGAGAGCGAGCGGGUCACAUUCACCUUCUUUGGCCACGCAAACAUCGUGGCCAGCGUCACGGCGCUGUGCAAGGUGGAGGGAGGCCCGACCUAUGAGAUCGGGCUGAGUGGGGAGGCUUCGCUCAUUGACUACCUCCUAGACACCACGGAGAUCGACUGCGGGCUGAAGCUGUUUAACAAAGUCACCAAAGCAGAGGUCACCCUGCAGAACAGCGGCAAGGUGGGCUUCACCUUCGCGGUGCUCAGCCCCAGCGCGGCCACUGCCAACAGCCCUCUGCCCGGCGUGCCCCUGGUUGUGCCCAGCACGGGUUACAUUGGACCAGGAAAGGAGCAAGUGCUGAAAGUCUACUACCUGCCAGGAGUGCCGGGAGUCUUUUGCAGGACUUUCCAGGUCCAAGUGGGUCACCUGGAGCCGAAAGAAAUCUCCCUCAAAGGAGAGGGGAUCUUUCCCAGGACCUACUUGGACCUGCCCGAGAACACCAAAGGAAACAAACAGUAUGAGAAGAUCCUCCGAGGUGACAGCAAAGGUGGAAGAAGACAGCCAGAGGGUCGAAGCAGUGGUUCUGGGGGAGCCUGCGGCCGUGGAGCCACCCACGAACGACUCGGGCACCGUGGUGAGAAAGGCUGCUGCCCCUUCGACACUCGGCUGCAGAUGCAGACGGAGCAGGUGCUGAUGGAGGAACACGCCCUGGAGCAGCAGAAAGUUCUCGCUUCCGGUCCCUCUGAGGAGACUGCCUUUGACCAGCGUGCUCGUCGGAGGCUUCUCAAAGCUGAGCUGCCGGAGGAGUAUGUCCUGGACUUUGGCUAUGUCAUUCUCAGGAACAUCCACACACACGUCAUGAAGAUCACCAACACCAAGCAGUUCCCUGUGUCCUUUCACACCGACGGACGUGUCCUGUGUGACACAGGUUUCAGCGUAGACCUGGACCCUGUGAAGCACCUGCCCUGCUGCAAGACCAAGACAUUUGAAGUGCGCUUCGACCCACCAAGUGCCAAUCUGCCACUGGGAGCCGUGGACGUGCUCCUGCCCAUCAAGGUACCUCACGGCCCCACGUUUCACGUCCACCUCCGUGCCAACGUGACUGUGCCGUCCCUCUGCCUCUCCAGGGACAGACUGGAGUUCUCCGCUGUCCAGUGUGGGCAGUGCCAGGAAGAAACCGCCCAGCUCCACAAUCAGCUCCAGGUCCCCUGUAAAUGGUUCAUCACCAUGAAUGAGCCUGUUAAGAAGGUGGACAAACGUUUGCCAGCGAGGGUGCAUCAGAAGCUGCUGCAGGAGUCGAAGGCCAAGCCCUGUGUUUUCAAGGUGCUGCCCUCGGCUGGAGCCCUGGCCCCAGGACAGCACUGCAACGUGCAAGUCAGGCUUUCACCCCCAGAAGAGUUCCACUUCACAGCAGGAUGCAUCCCAAUUACUCAGAGCCAGCAUGCAGGUGCCGUAGCCCCUGCUGCCCUGCUGCCCCCGGUGCUGCCGUACAGCUGUGGGGCGGAGGGGACGGUGGUGGUGAAGAACCCAUGCGAGUUCCCCAUCGAGUUUUACUCGCUGGAGUUCGACCAGCAGUACUUGCUGAGGAGCAGGUGA